GGCCGUUUGACUGGUGCAGGGUCUUGGGGACGCUGGGUUCCUUCGAAGCGGAUGCAAGGUUCCAGAGGAGGUGAUGUUCCCGCCGCUGAGGCGGCUGCGAGGCGCCCUCGUCCCCUGCCGUCGCCUGCCGCGUUCCGCCCCGCUCUUCCCACUGGUCGGAGGAGGAGGCCGCGCGCGUGAAGCCAGUGCAGGUUGCUGGCAUGGAGCCCAGGACGAGGAGGCCCCUUCAGAGCAAGGUGUCUAUAGGAGCGUCACGGGUCAGGACUCCAAAGCCAGGUCCGUCAGUCCACGAGGCCCAGCCCUGUGAGAUGUGUGUCCUGCUCUGGAGAGACACUUUGCACUCGGCUGAACAGGGUGGAACCUACCCUGAGCAGGGCCUGUAUGCUCGUGGGGCAGACCUACACCUGAAUCAGACGAAGCAGAAUAGAGAUAAGCUUGGCAUAAAGGACGAGCAGAGCCCUUCAUUUGUGAGGGGCCACACAGUUCAUCUGACCUUGGCCUGGAGGGAGGGUGGGAAGGACUUCGCAGUCUUUCUCCUGCCCCCGGCCAUGCAGUGGGUAGCCACACGGGGACACUGAUGCAGGGAGGCCUUUGAAAGUGGACAGAAUGGGUGUCUGUGCACUAAGCAUGGGAAGCCUCAGCCACAGCACAUACUGUGGAGCAGCCACAAGUCCACCCUGGAUGAGACCAAGGAGACUGGUUCUGCUUUCAGCAGAAGCACUUAUGGACCCUGCACUGGGCUCCAUGACCUUUGAGGACGUGGCCGUGUACUUUUCCCAGGAGGAGUGGAGGCUUCUUGACGAGGCUCAGCGACGCCUGUACCGGGACGUGAUGCUGGAGGUCUUUGCACUUGUUGUGUCAUUGGGCUGCUGGCACGGAGCAGGGGCUGAGGAGGCACCUUCAGAGCAGAGCGUCCCCGUAGGAGUGUCAGAGGUCAGCAUCGCGAAGGCAGAUCUGUCCCCCCACAAGGUGCGCAGCCCAGACUCUGAAGGGGAUUUGCAUCCAGCCAAGAGCCUGGGAGCAAGCCGUGGGCACAAAGUGUGUGGGACAGGGGGGAAGCCUCAGGAGCACCAGAAGCAGCACAGUAGAGAAAGACACCCGCGAAGGAACACGAAGAGCCAUGCCACCCACCCCCCACCACAAAAGCCCAUCCCCGCUGGCCCAGGGCUUCUCCCCCAGCUCGCUCACAGUCGGGGGACACCCACUGAGGACACCAGCUGUACAGAGCGCUUUCACCACAGACAGAGGCACUACAAGUGCGGUGACUGUGGGAAAGCCUUCUGCCGGAAAUACAGACUCACCCAGCAUCAGAGAGUCCACACAGGAGAAAGGCCGUAUGAGUGCAGCGAGUGUGGGAAAACCUUCAGCUACAAACACAUACUCGUCCAGCACCGGAGAGUCCACACUGGAGAGAGGCCUUACGAGUGCGGCGCGUGUGGGAAAGCCUUCAGUAACAAACCCACACUCGUUCGGCACCAGCGAAUUCACACUGGAGAGAGGCCUUACGAAUGCGGUGAGUGCGGGAAAUUCUUCAGCCAAAGCUCCAGCCUUAGUGAACAUCAGAGGAUUCACACUGGGGCACGGCCUUAUAAAUGUGGUGAGUGUGGAAAAUUCUUCACCUCCAACUCCAACCUGAUUAAGCACCGGAGAGUCCACACCGGAACAAGGCCUUAUGAGUGCAGCCAAUGUGGGAAAUUCUUUAACCAAAGCCCCAGCCUCAUUAAACACCAAAGAAUUCACACUGGCGAAAAGCCUUAUGAAUGUAGCGAAUGUGGGAAACUCUUUAGCCAAAGCUCCACCCUCAUUAAGCACCAGAGAGUUCACACCGGGGCAAGGCCUUACAAGUGCAACGAAUGUGGGAAACUUUUUAGCCAGAGCUUUGGCCUCACUCAACACCACAGAGUCCACACAGGAGAAAAGCCCUACGAGUGCCGUGCCUGUGGAGAAUCCUUUAGCCACAGCACACAACUUACUCAGCACCGUAAAGUUCACACCGCAGAGAGCCCUCCCCAGUGCAGGAGCUGUGGAGAAGUCUUUCACCACCGGUCGGCUCUCAUCGACCACCAGAAACUCCACAGCCCCGCUCGACCUCAUGAGUGCACUGAAUGUGGGAAAGCCUUCAGCCGCAGGUCUAACCUCCUGCGACACCAGAAAGUUCACAGGGGAGGAGGGCCUUAGGAUGAGCGGGGGCUGCACCAUGUCGAGAGCCCAUCCUCACCACAGUCUGAGCCCAUGGGGCAUAGGGGGCUAGGCUGUACUUUCUAACCUGUCCAGAACCCUCAUGUUGGUCAGUGCAGGUUUCUCCCACGUGUAUCCCAAACACUGUAUGCCUCACAGUGUGAUGGCUUCAUGGCACAGGGUAGCUCUCACUCUAGAGUUUUGGGCACAAGGCCUCCUACGAUAGAAUGAAGAGCAGUCCCAAUUUUUUGGGACUAAUCUUGUGUCCCAGAUGUACGGGAUUGUGGUUGACUCUGGAAGUUUCCCUGAGAGGAACGGUGUGGGGUUUUGUGUUUUUUUUUAAUGUUUAUUUUUGAGAGAGACAGGGCAUGAGCGGGGGAGGGGAAGAGAGAGGGAAACACAGGAUCUGAGCUGUCAGCACAGAGCCCCAUGUGGGCCUCAAACCCAUGGACCAUGGGAUCAUGACCUGAAGUCAGACGCUUACCCAACUGAGCCCCCUGGCGCCCCAAGGAUCAGCUUCUCUUUCUCAGAUAGGAUGUCACAGUGCCCCAGUGCUGUUGAGAAGUAGUGCUCUAGGUCCCAAUACAGAGCCCUGUGCCAUCACAUCUGCUGGGCUGGUAUCAUGGAUUCCAGGCACCAGGUAGGAGCCAGCUGUGCGGUACAGACACAGCAAAAUGGUGGGGGACUUGCAAAGUGGAGGGGCUGCGAUGCCUACGCCAAUGCCCUGGGGGCUUACAGCCAAUUUCAGGUAAGGGCCUUGUGGACGACAUUCUGAGGCCCUAUAGAGCUGACAGCACUCCUGUGGCCAGGGUUCUAUUGCACUACAGUUAAGGUGUUGGGGGUGGGGGGUUGAAAACCAAACUCCUGGAAAUGCAGACACGAAGGCAGCAGGGCACGUGGUCUUUCUGACCCACGGAGUGUAGCUUGUAAACUCCGGUGGGGUUGCUGGCCAGCGGGACGCGGAGCUGUGUCCUGUGGGGUGGCCAGAUUUCAAUUUUCCAAGGUUUUCCCGAUGUUCAGAUUUUUCCGCAAAAGCAUUUCCACUCAGCAUGCGAUAGACUUCAAGUGUACUUGAAAACC